GUUAGUUAGGUCAUACUGUAAGCAUGAGUAAUUUAUCCCUUUGUAAUUUCUAUUGGUUGAAGCCGGCGACGAAGACUAAUAUCCAAAAUAGAAAUUAUGAAAACAAGACUCUGAAGUCCCAAGUCAAACCAAUUUUUUCUCUGAGAAGAAAAGAGAUUGAAGUUUCGCAUUCACUUUCAAUGGAGAAAUUGGAAUCGGAGAUGGAGUCUAUGGGUCUGCAAUCGAGUGACGAUGACCUCGACCAAGCGGAGGAUUUGUGCAGGGAGACCGACGUUCCGUUUCAAGAGAAGGUGGAUACCGCCGAUAGUUGGAGAGAGACUAUCAACAAGGUAGUUCCCGCCGUAGUGGUGCUGCGAGUUACUGCCUGUCGUUCCUUCGACACCGAACUUCCCUCCUCUGGCUCCGCCACUGGCUUCGUCGUCGAUAAGCAACGUGGCAUCAUCCUCACCAAUCGCCAUGUCGUUAAGCCUGGCCCAAUAGUUGCACAGGCCAUAUUUGUAAACCAUGAAGAAAUUCCUGUGUAUCCUAUAUACCGAGAUCCAGUCCAUGAUUUUGGCUUCUUUCGUUAUGAUCCUGGUGCAAUACAAUUUCUGAACUAUGAGGAGAUUCCUCUUGCCCCUGAGGCUGCUUGUGUUGGACUGGAAAUCAGAAUUGUUGGCAAUGAUAGUAAUGAGAAGGUAUCGAUUUUGGCUGGUACUCUUGCUCGUUUGGAUCGAGAUGCUCCUACAUAUAGAAAGGAUGGUUAUAAUGACUUCAACACAUUCUACAUUCAAGCAGCUUCUGGAACUAGAGGUGGUUCUAGUGGUUCACCAGUGAUUGAUCGGCAAGGCAAGGCAGUGGCUCUGAAUGGUGGGGGCAAGAACAACAGGUCAUCAAGUUCAUCUGCGUUCUUUUUACCAUUAGAGCGGGUUGUUAGGACAUUGAAACUUAUCCAGAAGGGUAAGGAUUCUAAUAUGAGUAGAUGGGGCACAGUGUUUAUAUCUCGUGGUACACUUCAGGUGACUUUUCGCUAUAAAGGAUUUGAUGAGGUUCGUCGACUUGGUCUCAAACGUGAAACAGAGCAGAUGGUACGGCAAGCUUCUCCAACCGGUGAAACUGGAAUGCUUGUUGUUCACUCUGUGGUGCCAGGUGGUCCAUCUCAUACAAAGUUGGAGCCAGGGGAUGUGCUAGUUCUUGUGAAUGGAGAAGUAACCACUCAAUUUUUGAAAUUGGAGACAUUGCUUGAUGACAAUGUUGACCAUGAGGUUGAAUUACAGAUUGAAAGAGGUGGCACUUCUUUGACAAUAAACAUAGUGGUUCAAGAUUUACACUCAAUAACUCCUAACCACUUCUUAGAAGUAAGUGGAGCAGUAAUACACCCUUUGUCUUAUCAACAGGCCAGAAACUUCCGCUUCCAUUGUGGUCUUGUAUAUGUUUCAGAUCCUGGAUACAUGCUAUUUAGAGCGGGAGUUCCUCGGCAUGCCAUCAUUACGAAGUUUGCUGAUGUGGAGAUUUUGCAACUUGAAGAACUAAUCUCAGUUUUUUCUAAGUUGUCUAGGGGUGCUCGAGUGCCAUUAGAGUAUAUCUCCUACAAGGACCGUCAUCGAACAAAGUCUGUCCUUGUCACAAUGGACCGCCAUGAAUGGUAUGAUAUUCCAAAGAUAUAUACUCGCGAUGAUAGUUCCGGUUUAUGGAUAGCAAGACCGGCUAUUCCUCUCAAUUCCCUGCUACUUGCAUCUUGUGUUAGUGAUCUUGGACAAGGGUUAAAAAAUGAGAUGUCUGAAUUAAGCUGUGAAUAUACUGUUGUGGAAAACAUGCCUCAAGUUAACGAUAUGGAGUUAACUAACAGUAUUACUAGCAUGGAUGCCAAUUAUGAUCAUGAUUCUAAGGGAGCCUAUUUUGGAGAUGAAAAUGAUGUUUCCACAAAGACACAAGUACUGGGGGAUUUGUCUAGAAGUGGAAUUGGUUUGGUCGACAGUUCCUCGUGCGAAAUUGGAGAAAUUAAGUUGGAGGAUCCAAUGAUCAUGGAAAGUGCAAACUCAAGCCCCCAUGAAUCUACCACAAAAGCUGCAACUAAUGGUCUAUUUCCAGAAUGUGUGAUAGAGCCUUCUCUUGUAAUGCUUGAGGUUAAUGUACCUCCAUCUUGUUUGCUUGAUGGUGUCCAUACACAACAUUUCUUUGGAACUGGUGUAAUUGUUCACCAUUCUCAAGAAAUGGGAUUGGUUGCGGUUGACAAGAACACAGUUGCAAUAUCCGCAUCAGAUGUGAUGCUAUCCUUUGCUGCAUAUCCUAUUGAAAUUCCAGGAGAGGUGGUUUUUCUUCAUCCUGUCUACAAUUAUGCUCUUGUGGCAUAUAACCCCUCCGCUUUGGGAGCUUUAGGUGCUUCUAUGGUCCAUGCUGCUGAACUCCUUCCCAAACCUGAACUAUCUCGUGGAGAUACAGUAUAUCUCGUGGGGUUAAGGAGUCUAAAAGCAAUAUCUAGGAAGUCAACUGUGACAAACCCAUGUCUCUCAUUACAUGUCAGCUCAAGUGAUCCUCCAUGUUAUAGGGCAACAAAUAUGGAAGUGAUUGAGCUUGAUUCUGAUUUUGGAAAUGCAUUUACCGGAGUUCUAAGUAAUGAGCAUGGGAAGGUUCAAGCUAUAUGGGCAAGCUUUUCAAGUUCAGCUAAGCCAAAAUCUGGUGGCAGUCUUCCAUUUGUUAGAGGUAUUCCAAUCUAUAUGGUCAGCCAAGUACUUGACAAGAUCAUAUCUGGUGGGGACGGACCUUCUCUUCUAAUAAAUGGUGUCAAAAGGCCAAGGCCACUUGUUAGGACCUUAGAGGUUGAACUUAUUCCUAGAUUGCUUUCAAAGGCUCGGAGUUUCGGUCUGAAUGAUGAUUGGAUCCAAGCUCUUGUCAAGAAAGAUCCAAUAAAGCAACAAGUUUUACGUGUUAAAGGUUGUUUAGCUGGAUCUAAGGCUGAGAACCUAUUAAAGCAAGGUGACAUGGUGCUGGCCAUCAAUAAAGAGCCAGUUACUUGCUUCCAGGACAUAGAGAAUGCUUGCAAGGCAUUAGAGAAGUGUGGUGACAAUGAUGGGAAGCUUAGCUUGACCAUAUUUCGACAGGGACAUGAAGUUGACCUUCUUGUAGGAACAGAUAUUAGAGAUGGGAAUGGCACAACAAGAAUGCUAAAUUGGUGUGGGUGUAUUUUGCAAUAUCCUCAUCCAGCAGUGCGUGCUCUUGGGUUUCUUCCUGAGGAAGGGCAUGGUGUCUAUGUUACAAAGUCGUAUCGUGGGAGCCCCGCAGAUAGAUAUGGUCUAUGUUCUCUUCGUUGGAUAGUUGAAAUCAAUGGAAGACCAACUCCUGAUUUGGAUACAUUUGUUAGCGUGACAAAGGAAUUAGGAAGCGAGGAAUUUGUUCGUAUAAGAACGAUUAAGUUGAAUGGGAGGCCGCAGGUACUAACACUGAAGCAAGACUUGCACUACUGGCCUACAUGGGAAUUGAGGUUUGAUCCAGACACUGCAAUUUGGCGUAGAAAGAUCAUCAAGGCACUGCAGUAAUGUAUAGUGAAGAGCGUUUGAUCUUAUCAUGUAAAAAAUUUUUCGUGGAAACAACUCUAUAUGUUGCAUUAAAAAAUAGAGAGGAUUGUCCAUUUUGAAACCUUUGAAAAGCCAAGCACCAUUUUAGCUAUUGUAACAAGUUUAUACUCCAAAACAUAAAACGAUGCUAUAAUUCAAAAAAACACCUUGAGAUUUGCAUUCGUCUAUUGAA